UUUAUUCCCAAAUAUUGACUUGAAAUUUGGAUGAAUAUUACAUUUGCAUCGAGUAUUGAAACCAGACAGAAUGCGAAGAAGAUGAAAUUGACAUGGAAGAAUAAAAACAAGAAGCGUCCUCUCUCAUUCACAAAUCUCCCUUUCGAACAAGAAGAUGAAGAUGAUUAUCAUCAUCUCGAUAACAGCAGCAGCUCUUCUAAACUUUCCGACACAUCUUGUUCGCAUGAUGAAGCCUCGGCCGCCAACCUCGCCGACUCGUUUCGAGAGCAAGGUAACAACCUUGCCGAGAAUGGGAAAUACCAUGAAGCACUUGGAAAGUGGGAAACUGCUCUUACUUUAGUGCCUGACAGAGCGGAAUUGCAUGAACAAAAGGCUCAAGUUCUUCUUGAAAUUGGGGAAGCAUGGAAUGCAUUGAAAGCAGCAACUCGAGCUACUAUAUUGGAGCCUUCAUGGGCUGAGGGAUGGAUUACCCUGGGAAGAGCACAGCUAAACUUUGGAGAACCUGACAACGCUAUUGAGAGUUUUGAUAAAGCAUUGGCCAUCAAGCCCGAUUCUGCAGACGCACGAGAUGACAAGCAAACUGCAUUACAUCUUGUGAAGAAAAGAAGGCAACUUCAGUCAUCAGGCUUACGUGCCACGGAAAAUCGAUAUAUGGUUGGGGAGAAGACCGAGUACACUAGACAUGAUACGGAAGAAUUUAUUCCUUUUAUCUCUAAUCAGCAGAAGCAGCAGUCGGAGUAAGAUUGCAGUUUACAAAUUGCUUACUAAGUUGCCUCCUGUGUAGCCCUGAAAUCAAUGUGCUCUAGAUGAGAGUUGCUACUGGUGUUGCCAUGGACAAUCUAAGAAAUGGCUGUUUAACUGUUGUGAUAUAUUGCUGCCUAGAAUAUUUGUGGCUUGUAGUUGCUCUUGUUUCUUUAUA